AUGCAAUGUAUGCUUCAAGAUAAAUCAUGCAGAUCAGCUAACUUCAGAAAAACCUCUGGAGAACAAGAAAAUUGUGAAUUACUCAGAACUGUUUAUUCAGAAGAACAGCCAGUGAAUUUAAAGAAAAAUGAAAAUUUUGAUUACUACAUACUACUUCAACCCGAUAGAGUAAGUACUGUCAGAAUAUGUUUUUAUGCGCAAAGUGUAUCGAAAACUCGACCAAUUUUCAACCAUCUUUGAAAAUAAAAUUAUUUGAACGAAUGUUUUUCUUUAUUGUUUGUAUUUUCUAACUAUGUAUUUAUGUAAGUAGCGUAGGCUAAUCAUGGCGUAUAAAUAAGAGUGUAUGACUCCAUUUUGUUUACACGAUCUAUUUCCAGCAGUUAGGCCUCUAGAAAAUUUGGCCUUCCCAUGAGACACGACGAUGGGGAAGAGGCUACUCUGGUAUCUUACAGGGGAGGUAGAAAUUAAGCAGUUGAGCAGCUUAAAGUAAAAUAUUCUUCAAUGAACUUGUUCAAUUAUACCUUUUUCAGAAACCUGAAGAUGCUGUUUCAUUAAGCACCCCUCGUCAGAUAACAAAAAAAGUUUCCACAAGUAUGUCUUAGUUAAUAGUUUAAAUAAAAAGCCUACAUUACGCUGAUAUUAACCGUCCGAAACGACAUUAGAGUUGUAUUUGCACUAUCAAGAGCGCAUGAGUUAGUUUUUAAGGAGUUUGUGUAUGUGGAUUUAUCUAAGGUACGUUUAUUUCAAAACAAUAUUAUUUCUAUUUCAGCAACGACAACUCAAACAAAUGGUUCAACAACUCAGUCUCAGACAAAAAGUAAGUUCACAUUGAGUAAUUUUCAAAAUGUCAGCACUAAAAAUUGACGAGAGAAUUAUAUAUAGCUACUAAAACUACUCAAAAAUAAUUCACGAAGAAAAUUUUAAAAAAAUGAAUGUUUAAUCAAUGUUUGUCUUGAUUUACAUAAACUUCAGCGUUGAUUUUCUUGGCAUAGACAAUGUUUAUUUUUAAAAUUACUUGGCCUAUAAACUCAUAAGUUGGGUCGUUUAAGCAAUCAAAGCACCUUUUGGUGAGUGAAAUAGUAAAUGCAUGCUUUCAAUUUAAACUAUUAUGCUUAAAAAGCCUACAUUAUGCUGCUACAGCCAUUCAACAACGAAUAAACAAUAUCUGUCUGAAUAGAUAUGAAACUCGAAAAUCAAAUUGUAACUUUGCUUGAAAUGUUUCUCUUAUAGUAUUUGAACUUUCAAGAAUCAAGAGCGCAAGCUUUAGUUUUUAAGGAGUUGUGUAUGUUGCAGUGCCAAAGACACAUCGCUUCCAUUUAGUUAAAUUUGUUAAUCCAAAAUCUUCGAUAUCGAUCUUGAGCUUAAUUUUUAAUGACAUAAACAGAUAAAACAACAGUCGCCGCCUAAUAUUACGCAAUUUUGUUGCAUGACUUAGGCCUACCAAGCAACUGUGCUUAUUUAUUAAACUUGUUGUGUUUCUUGGUUAAGCCUGGUUCCCUUACAUAAAUUGCACAUAAUUUCACAUAUGUGAAAUUUCACAUGUGAAUUUGGAACAUGUGAUUUUUCACAUGUGAAAUCCCACAUGUGAAGUUAUGUGAAACACAUGUGGAAUUAUGUGUUUCACAUGUUCCAAAUUCACAUGUGAAACUUCACAUGUGAAAUUAAAAUUUCACAUGUGAAGUUUCACAUUUGAAACACAUAAUUUGACAUGUGUUCACAUGUGAAACUUCACAUGUGAUAUAUCAUGAUUACAUGUUCCGAAUACGCAUGCAUGUGAAAUAUCACAUGUUCCAGUUUCACAUGUGAAAUUAUGCAAAGCUUCAAUCAUGCACAUUUAAACUUGUCAAACAGUGAAAUAUAUAUGGGAAGAGAAGUUUAAAUAAUUUAUUUUUACAGCGAAGAUAUUCGCCCUUCAAUAUCUAGCCUGCGUGGCAAGCGGUUUGGUAUUUCCUUUGCCUCCAUAAUUUCCGCUGCCUGUAGAAAUACCGCCUGCCACGCAGGCUAUUCAAUAUCCCAUGUAAAUAAACUCGAGUCGAAUAAACGGCGGGAAUCACAAUGAGACCACUAUUUUAUAAUUCCAUAGUCUUCCUUUAAUUUUCCGAGAAUAUUGAAUUUUAUGCUUUAAAACAAUUUUCUUUAUAAUUAUAGCAAAAUCUACACUGGAAAAGACAGAUGGCCCCACAAACACAACCACAAGUAAGUUAAGAAUUUUAAAAUUACACUAAAACUCACUUCCAUAUUUUCCCUGUUUAGUUUUUUAAGAACCUUUAAAUAUUUUUUUAUAUUUAUAUAGCAAAUAAACCAAGAAAGAGAGAUGGUUACACAACUCAAACAACAA